AUGUCCGGUCUCCAGCCUAGUCUUUUUCCCCCUCCUCCCGACGACAACUCGCACUCACACUGGGAUGCUGACGGACAUAUUGAUGUCAGUCGGAGCAGCGUCGAUGAACAGGAUGUCAAUGGAUCGAGUGCCAGUGGACAUCGGAGUGACGAUGACCAGAGCGAAGAAGAAUCCGAUACCGAUGAAUGGAGGCCCACGUGGGGGUUCGCCCGUGUGGAAGGCACCCUGCCGCUGGCCCUCUCGGCUCGGAUCCCGCUCGAGGUCUUCAUGCUGAUCAUCGACGCGAUCAGGCAUCAGCCUACGUUGGCCGCUGUGGCGCUGGUCUGCGCAUUGUGGUACCCGCGGGCGAUGCGCAACCUCUACCACACCGUUCAGAUUCGCGACCGCACCAGCUUCAACAUGCUUUUCAAGCACUGUCACGCAUCUCCCCGCGUCAGGCAGUGGCUCGCGAGCACAUGCACGCUGGUAACAGACGAGCAGGACAAUUUGGCUUACUGCACUGGGUACCUUGACAGGCAUAGCUUCGAGGACGACGAUGCAGAUGAAGACGAAGAGGGGAGUAUGGAAGACUCGGACGAGGAGACGGAGGAUGAAGACAGGAGCAUAGAAUCCCCGCAGCAUGGAAACAAGAUCAAUACUGGCAAUCACUUCCUUCAAGCAUUAUCGUUCGCGCUUGCCGGUCUAAUGCCUCGUGUACGCACCCUUCGCAUCCGGAAUGCAAGACUUCGUUUCAUCCGCCCAGAUUUCUUCGUCGCCCUGUCUAGGUUCAAGUCUGUCCAGUCGUUGACGCUUUGGGGCUGCCGAUUGAACAACCCAACACAGCUGUGGCGGAUUGUGUCUGCCUUCCCUCAGCUUACAGACCUCACGAUAGAUGUUCGGUUCUCCCGGCAAGCUGCUGCCAGUUACGCAGGAGCCUCGCUAAUUCAGGCACCAUCUCACAUACGUCUUCGAUACCUGAACAUAAUGAUGCGCGAAGAACGCAUGGCAAUAUUCGUUGACUGGAUGACACAUUCAGGCCUCUGCACCUCACUUGCGGACCUGAAGCUUCGGGCCAUCGUUAACCAGUUUCUACGAGAGGACCUGUGA